AUGUCCAAAUCAGGGCCACCAAGCACCGCGGACGAGAAGUCCACCGCUGUGAAUGAUCAGCACACCAAGGAACAGAAGGAACAGCAGGCAUCGACCACACCGUCCGUCAACGAGAAGAAUGAGAAAGGAUCGAACAAGGAUGUCGCUGCAGAGAGCACAGUCCCCCAGACUGCCCCAGUCUCGUUCUUCAAGCUCUUCAGUAUUGACGAGACCUCUAGAUUCUCGACCAAGCUCGAGCUGCUCAUGAACUUCGUUGCUCUGAUUGCAGCAGCAGCCGCUGGUGCUGCCCAGCCCCUAAUGUCCCUCCUCUUCGGUAACCUCACUCAAGACUUCGUCAACUUCGCUACUGUUGUGGGCGAGGCACAGGCUGGAAACACCACCGCUGCUGCCCUUGUCCCAGAAGCUGCUGCGUCAUUCCGUCGGGUUGCUGCUUUGGAUGCUAGCUACCUGUGCUACAUUGGUCUUGGCAUGUUCGUGUGCACAUACGUCUACAUGUAUGUCUGGGUCUAUACUGGCGAAGUCGGCACCAAGCGCCUUCGUGAGAAGUACCUUGAAGCCGUUCUCCGUCAAGAUAUCGCGUACUUCGACAAUGUUGGAGCUGGAGAAGUCGCUACCCGUAUUCAAACCGACACUCACUUGGUUCAGCAAGCGACUUCAGAAAAGGUGGCUUUGACAGUCAGUUUCGUCGCCGCCUUCGUCACUGGUUUCGUCCUCGCCUACGCUCGAUCAUGGCGACUUGCCCUUGCGAUGUCCUCGAUCCUCCCCUGCAUGGCCAUCGCUGGAGGUGUCAUGAACAAGUUCAUCUCCGCUUACAAACAACUCUCCUUGCAAUAUAUCGCUGAUGGAGGAAGUCUGGCCGAAGAAGUCAUUGGCACCGUUCGAACCGCCCAGGCAUUCGGUACUCAGAGAAUUCUUUCCGGCCUUUACGAUAACCACGUCAAUAAGGCUCUUACCGUCGACCUCAAGGCUGCCAGUUGGCAUGGAAGUGGUCUUGCCUUCUUUUUCUUCGUGAUCUACUCUUCUUACGGCUUGGCCUUCCACUUUGGUACCAAGCUCAUCAAUCAAGGACACGCCACUGCUGGAUCCGUCGUCAACGUCUUCCUCGCCAUCUUGAUUGGUUCCAUCUCGCUCACUUUGCUCGCUCCUGAAAUUCAAGCCCUCACUCACGGUUGCGGAGCUGCUGCCAAACUAUACGAGACUAUCGACCGUGUUCCAGAUAUCGACUCGUACGAUGAGGGAGGUCUCAAGCCCGAGACGGUCACUGGCGAGAUCACCAUCGAGAACGUCACCUUCGCUUAUCCUUCCAGGCCCACCGUCCAAGUCGUCAAGAACCUCUCGCUCACAUUCCGCGCGGGCAAGACUGCCGCCCUCGUCGGUGCCUCUGGUUCUGGAAAAUCUACUUCCAUCUCCCUCAUCGAGCGCUUCUACGACCCCAAUGAGGGUGUUGUCAAGCUUGACGGCAUCGACCUCAAGGAUCUCAACCUCAGAUGGCUCCGUUCGCAAAUUGGAUUGGUGUCUCAAGAGCCCACCCUGUUUGCCACCACCAUCCGAGGCAAUGUCGCUCACGGUCUCAUCGGCACCAAGUGGGAAAAUGCUUCUGAAGAAGAAAAGUUCAAGCUGAUCAAGGAUGCUUGCAUCAAGGCCAACGCAGACGGCUUCAUCUCCAAGCUGCCCAACGGAUACGACACCAUGGUUGGCGAGCGCGGUUUCCUGUUGUCUGGUGGUCAGAAGCAACGUGUUGCUAUCGCCCGUGCCAUCGUUUCCGAUCCCCGCAUCCUUCUGUUAGACGAGGCCACUAGCGCGCUCGACACUCAAUCCGAGGGUAUUGUUCAGGAUGCAUUGGAUAAGGCUUCAGCCGGCCGAACAACGAUUACCAUUGCCCACCGACUUUCGACUAUCAAGGAUGCUGACAUCAUCUACGUCAUGGGCGACGGCGUCGUCCUCGAACAGGGCACCCAUAACGAGCUCCUCUCCGCCAACGGCGCCUACGCUCAUCUCGUACAAGCUCAAAAACUGCGCGAGGCCAACGACAGUCAGGCUGUAUCCGGAGACGAUCAGGAAGACGGUUCUGAUGCUGCUGGAUACGAGAAGAUGGCUCGCGAGGAGAUCCCUCUCGGUCGUUCCAACACUGGUCGAUCUUUGGCUUCUGAAAUUGUCGAACAGCGGCAAAAGGAGCGCGAGUCCAAGGAGAAGAAGGGCGAUCUUAACCUGCCCUACCUUUUCAAGAGGAUGGCCUUGCUUGUUCCGGAGCAGUACACACGCUAUUUCUUGGGUGCUAUCUUUGCAUGCUUGACGGGUAUGGUCUAUCCUGCAUUCGGUAUCGUCUAUGCCAAGGGUAUGGAGGGCUUCUCCGUCCUUGACCCGGAUGAGAGGAUGAAGCAAGGAAACCGCAACGCUCUUUGGUUCUUCAUUAUUGCGAUCAUCUCGACCAUUUGUGUUGGAUUGCAGAACUACCUCUUCGCAUCCGCCGCCUCCAGCCUGACUGCUCGUCUCCGCUCCUUGAGCUUCAAGGCUAUCCUCCGCCAAGACAUCGAGUUCUUCGACAAGGAUGAGAACAGCACCGGCACUUUGACUGCCAACCUCAGUGAGAACCCUCAAAAGGUCUACGGUCUCGCCGGUAUUACUCUUGGUGCCAUUGUUCAAUCCUUCGCAACUGUUAUCGCCGGUUCCGUCGUCGGUCUCGCCUUCAUCUGGAAGCUCGCUCUCGUCGCCAUCGCUUGCAUGCCCUUCCUCCUCUCCACCGGUUACAUCCGUCUCCACGUCGUCGUUCUCAAAGACCAGGCUAACAAGAAGGCUCACGAAGAAUCAGCCCAACUUGCUUGCGAAGCUGCCGGUUCCAUCCGCACUGUCGCUUCUCUCACCAGGGAACGUGACUGCUUGAGGCUCUACAGCGAGAGUCUCGAGAUCCCCUUGAAAAAGUCGAAUAAAACCGCUAUUUGGAGUAACGGCUUGUAUGCAUUGUCGCAGGCGUUGGUCUUCUUCGUCAUCGCCCUUGUUUUCUGGUACGGAUCGAGGCUGGUGUCCACCUUUGAGGCCAGCACCUUCCAGUUCUUCAUUGGCUUGAUGAGCACGACCUUCGGUGCUGUCCAAGCCGGAAACGUCUUCUCCUUCGUCCCCGAUAUCUCCACUGCCAAGGGCGCUGGUUCCGACAUCAUCAAGCUCCUCGAUUCCAUCCCCGAAGUCGAUGCUGAAUCCGAGGCUGGUAAGAAGCUCUCCCACGAGAAGCUCCAGGGCCACCUCAAGCUCGAGGACAUCCACUUCCGUUACCCCACUCGCCCUGGUGUUCGUGUCUUGCGAGGACUCUCUUUGGAGGUCCAGCCUGGUACCUACGUGGCCCUCGUCGGUGCUUCCGGCAGUGGUAAGAGUACUGUCAUUCAGAUGAUCGAGCGGUUCUAUGAUCCCUUGAGUGGCGAAAUCUAUAUGGAUGGCGAGAAGAUCAACGAGCUCAAUGUCCAGGACUACCGUCGCCACAUCGCCCUCGUAUCUCAGGAGCCUACCCUCUACGCUGGAACCAUCCGAUUCAACAUUCUCCUCGGUGCCAUCAAGCCUGCUGAGGAAGUCACCCGGGAAGAAUUGGAGGCCGCUUGCAGGGAUGCGAACAUUUUGGACUUCAUCAAGUCAUUGCCCAGCGGAUUCGAUACCGAGGUCGGUGGUAAGGGAAGCCAGCUCAGUGGUGGUCAGAAACAACGUAUCGCCAUCGCUCGCGCUCUUCUCCGCAACCCCAAGGUCCUGCUCCUCGACGAAGCCACCUCCGCCCUCGACUCGCACUCUGAAAAGGUCGUCCAGGCCGCUUUGGAUCAAGCUGCCAAGGGAAGGACUACCAUCGCCAUUGCCCAUCGUUUGUCAACUAUCCAAAACGCUGAUAAGAUCUACUUCAUCAAGGAAGGUCGAGUCAGCGAGGCUGGAACUCACGACCAACUUAUCGCCCAGCGUGGUGACUACUAUGAGUACGUGCAGCUGCAGGCGUUGAGCAAGACCGAGUAAGCGGGCGAAUAGAUGCGUUCAUCCGCUACUUGUUGCUAUCUUGUCAUUCGCUUUCGUGCAUUUGCUCUUGCUUUGUCAUGCUCCUUAUGAUACAUACCCCG